AUGCUCCGCUUCUCAGACGCGUUGAGACUGCGACACAUCAUCUUGCGGUGGACGCUGCUUGCGUCUGCCCUUCUGAGGCCGACCUCCUCGGACCUGCUGAAGAACAAACAUGAGGCGGUCGACCGUCAACCCCAGCAGCGAUUUCGAGGCACGCCGGCCGAUGCUGGUGACGAUCCAGGACAGCCCGAGCAAAUCCAUCUUGCACUAGCUGGCGGCGACAGAGACAUGUACGCCAUGUCUGUUUCCUGGUUGACAUGGGAGGAAACCAAGUCGCAAGUUUUCUGGUCCCGAGAUAUGGACAUGGACGUUCACGCUGUCGGGGAGGUCGUCGUUGGCAACGCUACGAGAUAUUCGACUCACCACACCAACCUAGACCUGGAGGAAUACACGAGCGGGUGGCUGCAUUCGGCAGUAAUCCAGGGUCUGGAGCCGUCUACCACAAUUUUCUAUUGUGUCGGAGACGAAGACCUUGCGCUGAGCACUGUCCGAGACUUCACGACGCCCGGCGUCUUCGCUCCCGAGCAACCGCUUGUUCUUGGCAUUCUCGGUGAUUUGGGGCAGACCAACGAUUCGAGGAACACCUUGGACGCCCUGGGCAGACACCAACCUGCCAUCGACGUCGUCCUUCACGCUGGAGACCUGGCAUACGCGGAGUGCAUACAGGAGAGGUGGGACUCUUUCAUGCGGAUGCUAGACCCGGUUGCCUCUCACGUCCCAUGGAUGGUGGCCGCGGGAAACCACGAGAUAGAGGCGGGAAGCACAUCGAGCGGGCCGUUCGCUGCCUUCCAGCACCGCUUCCGUAUGCCCUCCGAAGCGCCCGCCGUGCGGGGUUUCGAGUGCGGUGUGGCGGGAGGCCUCGACGGCAACCGGACCGCUUGCGGGCCGGGCCUUAACGACCUCUCCACCAAGGGCGCUUCUGCCAAGGAGAGUGAAGCGGCGGAGUUCGGAGGUGAAUGGAUGACACAGGCAGUCUUGGGUGCAAGGGAGGCCGUUGCUCCCUUCGAAAGGCCCGUGUCGUCCACAGGCUGGCCGGAGAGUGAAGGCGGAGGGGGAGAGGAAGACGAGGGGGAGGUCGAAGGGCUAGUGCCGAAAUGCAGCCCGUCAGAGUGGUCCGGCACCUACGAUUUCGGCAACAGCUUUUACAGUUUCGAUGUGGCGAGCGUGCACGUUGUCGUGCUGAACCCCUACACGGCAACAGGGGAAGGUUCUGUGCAGCACUCUUGGCUAGUCGAGGACCUCGAUGGGUGCGAUCGCUCUCGGACUCCGUGGCUCGUGGCAAUGUUCCAUUGCCCGUGGCACAACUCGAACCUCGCGCACCCGGGUGAGAGGAUGGCAGCAACGGCGAUGCACGCCAUGGAGCCAGUUCUGUUCCAGCACAAGGCCUCCCUAGCCAUUGCUGGCCAUGUGCACGCGUACGAGCGAUCUCUCCCCGUCCUGAGUGGACAGCUCAACGAUGCCGGACUCGUCAAUCUGGUGGUCGGCGGAUCUGGAAACAACGAAGGGAGAGAUCCCGACUACUACCGCCUCCCCGACUGGAGUGCUUUCCGGAACGGGAGUGCUUUCGGGUUCGGAACGCUUUCGGUCAUGAAUUCAACGAUGGCCUUGUGGGAAUGGAAGUCUAACGAGGAUGACCCUAUGGUGCACGAUGCUGCAUGGAUCUCCAACAAAUGCACCGACCCUUUCGAGUGAUGCUGAGUGCUGACGACGAGAUCGUGCCGUGUCUUGCACCCAGUAGGGCUGAGUGCAAUGUUUUUCUUGUUGUGGCCAUCGUGGGGAAAGCUUGACCAUAAGUAAAGGGUGCCAGUUUUCUCAGGUGUUGUUGAAUGCUAUGGCCGUAGCGGUGGUACUACUGCUGUAGGCAGGCGCGAGUGUGGUCUUGAGGGCACUCAUGCAUGCGUUUCUGGCGUGGAAGAAUAAGGAUUGGCGAUUGCGAUUAUUGACUCUCUAGGCUUUCUGGCGUGAAUGCCGUCGGCAGCUGCCUGCAAGAGUGUACUCGUUCAGCGGUGUCAUGUUAUACAUUAGUAGAUAGAUGUGUAUGGCACAUCCUGUAAGUAUUGUAGGGUAGGUUGUGUGUCCUGCACGAGGGAAUAUGAAAGUAUAUGUAUAUGCUCUGGAGCGGUUGACACUUGUUUGUGUAGUUCGUCUCGUCGUGGCUGUCAUUACCUCUGUGUGCGUGUACAGUGUACCCAAUGCGUGCGCAUUUUCCCGCUGGUGGGGAAAACAGUCCGUUACAUCAUUAUAUAUAGCGAUCCGUUUGGAUCCGAGUUGGAGACGGUGCUUGACGCGAAAUGGCGCUUGUUGUCGGAGUGUUCUUGUUUCAAGGGGCUGCUUGGGAUGUGAGUCUGACUCUUCGUCGCUACUAUCUGCACAUGUAGCAUAGGUUUUCGUCAAACAAAGCGUUCGCGCAAAAGAUUGUCCAGCAAUGCAAAGCAAUGUUGAUGGAUGAUUGACACCAGGCCCUCGGACGGGGCUUCCCAGUUCGUGUUUUAGGUGGCCGUUUGCUUCGCCGUGGGUCUUGAAUGCAAACUAGAAUUAAUUACUGAGUGAUGUAUGGUACUACUUCUAUUCUGGACGAGGAAGUAUUGAUUGAUUCGGGUUGGAAGUUGGACGCUGGAGCAACGUACAUUGGAGUAUACCGCAAGGUUGCGAGUCACCGCACCCCCGUGCGGUCGUUUUGUCGUUUUCUAAACAUUUCCGCCAUAU